UUAUGUUGUGAAAGAGCUAAAGUAAAUGUUUCAUCAUGGAGAUAUUGCAAAAGUUUAAGCAAAAUGGGUACUUUACGGCGGAACUCUAUCAUCUGAUUGCUAAGAAAAAGCUUUUGGCCACAACGGAAGAGAUCACGCCAUCUCAAUAUGAGAAAGAAAUGCGCAUGAGCACCUUACAGCGACUGCAAACUCUGAACGGCAUCGAAGUAGACAACAUGGUCAAGACAGGGAGCAAGGGACGAGUGCCCGUGCUUUCAUUCACUCCAAGUGUAAUCGUGUUCCAGAACUUCAAGCCUAACGAUAAGAUUGUUGCUAAAUUUUCAGUGAAAAACAUCAGUAGGAGCCCUUCGUAUCUCAAUAUGGUGUACAAAGAGUCUUCAUUUUUUUCCGUGAAACCUUGUAGUGGACAGCUUCUUUCACGCUUGGCGCCCGGAAUUAGUGUUACGUUUGCGGUGACUUUUACGCCGAUUCAGUACGAGGACUACACGCAUAGAGUAACGUUUUAUACAGAUGUCGAUCAAUAUAUACUAGCUUUUAUAGCAAUGGGCCCAAGGCCGGUAUUUGAUUUUCCUGAUCAAAUAAUCAUACCAAAAGUACCAUUGAAAGUUGAGAAUACAUACCUUAUGACUGUGCACAAUAUUGGAGCAAUACCAGCUGGAUUUACACUUCAAACUAAGAGUCCAUUCAAAGUGCAGCCCAAAUCUGCGUACUUGGUUCCCGACCAGAAGAUCCAAAUCAAGGUCGGAUUCAAAACGAUGCACCUUGGAGAAACUAGCGGAGUGCUCUAUGCUAUUUUAGAAACAGGAGAGCACUUCAGUAUAAAGUUGUCGGGUACAACGCACACGGUGAACAUAGAACUGGAGAAAGCCGUGGUCAGGUUCUCGGACACGUACAACACGAUGGUGCGACAACAAGCCUUCAAGAUCACCAACAAGUCCGACCACGUUAUUAGUUUCAUGUGUAUGAAGAACGAAUGUAUUUAUUAUGAUUUCCAAGAAAAGGUGAAGCUAGCAACGAUAUUCUACAACGUAAAAGAUAGCGAGUCUGCUAAAUACACCAAGCUAGUCCGGUACGACGUUCUGAGUAGCGACGAGCACGAAAGAGUGUACACCAGGAUAUUCUUCGACGAGAUCCAAGCUCUGGUGGCUGAUGAAUCUCUCAGAUUUCAGGACACACAUUUCUCUAUAACACCUAUUAGUGGAAAUCUGUGGCCUAACAAAUGUACAGAAAUAGUUAUAACAUUUUCACCGAAACAAAUAGGAGAAUUUGACGCUACUGCGUACUUGGAUAUCGAUGGUUUAUUCGAUCGAGUGCCACUCAAAAUGCUGGGCAAUUCUCUGCCGCCGUGUAUUCAACUAAACUUGGAAACACUAGACAUGGAUUGUGUUUAUAUAAACAAGAUGUAUAACUAUGAAGUGGUCGCUGUUAAUAAAGGACAUAUAAAUGGUGUGAUAGUAUACAAAGAAGUGCCUACAUUGUUCGGCAGUAAUAUUAAAUGCUCUCCCGAGAUGCAUUGUCUGCGUCCGGGAGAACGAGAGAUAUUUAUCAUCUCCUUCAGCAACUCCAGCCAGGGGCCUUAUUUCGAAGAAAUCAACUUUAUUAUACGCGAUACAAAUGUCGUGUUGAAGCUAUAUCUUAAGGGUGAAGUUGUUUAUCCAUCCUUAUGCUUUAGCAUGCCGUGUUUGGAUUUUGGAAAAGUCAGUGUAGGAGUUCCCAAAACCCUAGAAGUGGAAGUAAUUAACGAGUCAGUGGUGAACGUAAAUGCGUCCGUGAAGAUAUCAUCGGACGGCCCUGAAGUGAGCAGCAUGACGCUGGCGGAUUAUGCCGUCGCCGACAGCCCCAAGCCUUGCAUACCACAGUGGCCGAGAGAAUUUAACAUCGAGCCCUGCAGAAUUGAGAUGGGACCGGAGUCUAGAGUUACUUUGAUGGUUACACUAACUGCUAACUUGGUGAGGGCUAACCAAACCUCCUUGGAACUGGAGUUGGAGAAGUCGGACAGUCCCCCGAUCAUCCUGCCCGUGAUGUUCGACGCUAAAGUGCCGGACAUCACGCCCGCGCCCGAUAUAAAGCUCCGCGCCUGUUUUCUGGACUUCCCCUAUCCAAAUGAUAUCCAUUUGACAGUUAACGACAUUUGGGGGUAUUUCACAUUAGAGGAGCCAGAGGAAGAAUCAACUUUAGACGUUACCGUUGGAGUGAAAGAAGGAAUAAUUCAGCCAAACAGUACAUUCACUUUGCCAGUUACGAUAAAAACCAGUGUUCUCGGCGUCCAAGAAUAUUCGAUCCGGUUACGUCUGUUUGGAAUGUCCAAACCAAUAGAAGUAUGUCAUAUAACGGGAACUGGAGUGCGGCCAAUAGUUACAUGUACUCCUAUCGCACUGCAUUGGGGCCAAGUCAAACUGCUUACAAAAACGUAUAAAAUUCUAACGCUGUGUAAUGAUUCUCCUGUUUAUGUCAAUUUCAAAGCUUCACUGUUAAAUAAAGAUGGACGCUGGAACAUUGAUCCAACUGAAGGAUACGUGGAGCCCGAGUCCGAGACAGAUUUGAUUGUGUCAUUGUAUUUGAUAGACGCGGACUCUUACACUAACAAAGCGGUGCUACAACUGGAAAAAGUAAAAGACAUUCUGGUUCCAUUAUCUGCUACCGGAGUCGGAACAAGUAUAUUAGUCGGAGAGCUAAGAGACAGAAUAUUCCUAGGCCGACAUUUCACUAAAAUACCUUUGAAUGCCACUGUUGUUAUGGAAAACUGCGGAACCCGCUUGCAUUCAUUGGAGUGGAGUGAACAUUACAAAGCACCUAAGACCAAACCCAUAACAUCGGGUUUUUUUAAUUUAGACCCAAGACUUUUCAAGAUUGCUGCUGGAGAGAAGUUAGAUCUAUCUAUAAUGGGUUUGUCUCAUAAAGUUACUACGAUUAAGGAAAUGUGGUAUUUAGUUGGCAGCGUUGAAGGUAUAAAUAAAAAGGAACUACUGUUGGAAUGCCAGAUUACAGCAGAAUUUGUGGAUCCUAAAAUUGAAGUGUCGUCUACCAUGGUGGAAUUUCAAUAUGACUACGGUCCAUACAGCGAAUAUUAUAAGUUGACAGAUAUAAUAACCAUAAAAAAUGUGUCAAAGUUGCCGUUGGAUAUUGAUUUAUGUGUGAAGCCACCUUUUGCUAUUGUUCAAAAGCAGGACACUUAUAAGAUUCCACCUGAAGAAGAGCAUUUAUGCUGUUGCAUUUGUUACAAAGAGGGCGAUUUGAACAUCCCCAAUAUGCAUAAUGAGGUUGGUCCAUACGAAUCAAGAUUAUUUAUAGACUAUCUAACUAUGAGUCCCGUAGAGCCUACACGGAAAGAACCAUUGCAUUUUUUCCAAGAUAUACAUAAAAUUAAAAUGGCUUUUAAUCUCACGCACUCUAUUGAAGAAAGAUUAGAAGAUCAGGAAACUAUGAAAGUGCAAAUUUUGUUUGAUACUACCAAGCACCUCUCACUGAAAUCAAAAAUAUAUUCCGACUUGAUGAAAAUAAAAUUCAGAGGACAUAAAAAUAAAGAUGCGAUGAAACUCAUCGGAAAAAUCAAUUUCCCAAAUAUUUUCGUUAUGUUACCUAAAGUGGAUUUUCAGUCUAUUCUGAAUGACAGUAUUGAGAGUAAAACUAUACAGUUACAAAAUUUAACUCCCCUUUUGGCUUGUUAUAGGUUUCAAUGGAAGAAAAGUAUCAUAACAACAGAAAAGGAUAAAACUGAGGAUUCAUAUAAGAUAACAUCUAAAUUUUGUGGUAAAUUAGGUAGUAAAUCUACCGAUACCAUCAGCCCGGACAAAAGUAUGCAUGUGGAUUUAGCUCUCGAUUCAGAAUCAAAGUGUGCAGGGUCUAAGAAAGAUUUUAAAGCUAUAAGAACAAGAGUCAUGACUAAAGUUUUACCAAUGAUAAAUGUUAAGCCUGAAUCUCCAUUUGAAUGGAUUUGUAAAUUUGAAAAAUUGCGAAAGUUUCACGAAACUUCUAUCAAUGAUGUUUUUCAACUCACCCCACAUCGUGGUUUAUUGAAACCAAAUGAAAUUCAACACAUACAUGUGAUAUUUACGCCAAAAAGGAAUAUCAGCGUGCGGGCCACGCUGGAGUGCGAGGUGCUGGGCGGCCCGCCGGAACUUAUUGCUGUUUUCGGACAAAGCGCUGAUUUGCUAUACAAGAUAAAUACACACAAACUGAACUUCAAAAUAAGAUCUUUUCAUGAACCUGCGUCUGAACAAUUAAUUGUAACAAAUAUUUCACGAUUACCAUUUGAAUAUAAAACAUAUUUAAAUGAACCCAAAUUCACAAAUGAUUUACAAGGCACAAUUUUAGAUGUAGUCCCACAAAAUAAAAUGUUAGAGCCGGAAGAAGUGGCAGAGAUGGAAGUAGUCAUGAGGCCUGGAGUAGUCGGCUACUUUACGAGAGUGUUUGUGUUAGAAAUCGGACACUUGCCUCAUAUUCCAAUUACAAUAUUCGGUUGGGGUGUGAUCCCACAAGUAUACAUGUCCCUACAUAGACCAGAUAUUGUACAUCUAAAUCCCGAAUUCGGUUAUAUGGCCAUACCCGCGCUAACAGACCAAUACAUGUCAGCAAUCAAAGAAUUCUUCGCGUCUCAUAAAGUUGACAAAUCGAACGAUUUGAUGGAGGCUAACGUAUUUAAAGACGACCCCGAUCUACAAAAUGAUUGGCAUAUAUGCUCGUGGCGGGAUAAUUAUCCCAGUGUAAUGGAUAUAGAGUUAGCAAUUGAAAGAAUGCUUGUGAUUGAACAUAUAAAAAUAAGACCUGAAUUACUGCUCGUUUACUCUAAUUCCAACAAAAUGGGGCCUAUCCCGGGGUUUCACACGACUCCUUACGUCAUAGACUACGGCGUCGUCAUAACAGGCAGUACGGUGCAGUCGAUUGCGGAAAUAAUAAAUUACGGACCAAUCCCAACGAAAAUUCAUUUUGCUAAAGGAACUCAUAUACCUUCAUGGCUAACUGUGAAAAUUUGUGGAAAGUUAAAUCCCGGGGAAACGGGGAAGUUAGAAGUGGGCUUUAUGCCUAAUUCCACAGAUUUUACGGAAUUGGAACAAAAUGUUGAAACUUACUUCAAUUUAGAAGUACCCUAUGGCGUGACAAUGCCAGUGCAUAUCAAAGCACUUUGUGCAGUGCCAUAUUUAAUGUCCAAUGUGAGUAUGAUCAAUUUUGGUUCAGUUAGAUGUGGUGAUAAAAUAAUAACAUCAAUUCCUCUAAAAAACGUCGGCAAGCCUACAUGUAUUUGGUAUGUGACGUUGAGGUUGAAGGCGCCAGGGCCCAACCCGAUGCUGAUACUGGACAGCUCAGGGAAGUACGAGCCGGGGGAAGGGGGCUGGCUUAGCAUCGCGUUCAAACCUACCAUGGAGAUGAUGUACGAGGGAAUGUUGAUAUUUAGAUUUCACAUGAAUCCGAAUAGAAUGACUAUCCCUGUGAUAGGGCAAGGGAUAGUGCCACAAGUGCACGUUAUAGGCCCCAGCCUGAGCUUCCCGCCCACGCUGCCUUGGGCCGAGACCACUGAGAUGUACUUUGGGUUGAUGAACCCUUGCCCUUUUCCUAUAGAACUUAUAAUAGCGCACACCGAUGAGAAAUGGAAAGAAGAAGAAGAGAUUUAUCAAUUACUUAAUAAAUACUAUAAUAAGCCCGAGGAAAUGUUGGUACCUGCGGUGAAACCAGGGGACGACCUGCCAGCGGAGAUUGUUGGCUUUUAUAGAAAGUUCACAGCGACAGUAGCCAAAACCAAAGAAGAAGAAGCAGCGGCCCUUAAAGCUACAACUACAAAGUCAACAGCAGUGGCAGCAAAAAAAGCAAAGAGUCCAAAGAAUGCUCCUAAAGUCACAGGAAGUCCAAAAGUAUCGCCUAAGAAGUUUAGGACAGAGGCGGAAAUUAUUGUAGAUGAGAUACGAACAUUGAAAGAAAAUGGUGUGGACCCCUUAAAGGAAUGCCUUCACGCUUUCGAUCGUAUAUCUUCCGGCUCCGUUAUGGAGAAGCAUUCUAAAGGACUGCUAGUCUUCGUUCACGGAUCGCCAUGUGAAGAAGUACAAUGUCAAGAAAUGGCUUAUUCCAUCGGGAAGGAGCUCAAGAUACCGACAGUUAAUAUUGACAAUUGCAUAGUAGAAGCAUUGUGCGAGUGCACUGGUGCAGCAAAAAUAUUGAUACUGAGUACAAUUAAUGAACUCUAUCAAAUAUCGAGGUCCCAGGCCAUGGCUAAAGGAGAUCCCGAAAUAGUCGGUGUGGAAAACGAAGAAGUUGAUUUAAUCGAUGAAAAUGAAGACCAAUUUCAAGUAAUCCAGAAGAAAAUUGAAUAUCUGGCCAACAACAAGAAUGUUGGAACCCCACGAUCAAAAACGAGUGAUAAAAAAAAGAAAAGGUCUCCAACAUCAUCGGUGGGAUCGCACAUAGCUUUGGGGGGUUUAGGUUCCACCACGUUGUUUAACAUGGAUUUAACUCAAGAACUACUCAUGGAAUACUUUAGUCAACCGAAAUUUAGUCGCGGCUUAGUAAUAGAUUCUUUGAAAAGUAUCGUUCUAAAGAGCCCAUCGAUAACGCUGACGUUGGUUUUGAAAUGCAAAUCAAAUAUACGUAAUAUUCAUCUUAUCCUGUGUCAAUCUGAUUUCAAUAAAUGGGCUCAAGCAUAUGAAGAAUCAAUUAAGGAAGUCGAUCCGGUAGACGAAGUCAACACCAAAGUAUAUGAUGAAGCCGAAAUACAGCAAAUUGUAGGGGCAUUUGAAGAAAUGGAUGAAAACGACUUUAAAAAUUCAAGCCCUGAGUUAAGAGCAAUUUACAUUACACAUGGAUUGGAAGCUAGAAGAAAAAAGUAUUUUGAUAAAAUUGGGUAUCAAUACGAUGUAACCAAGAAAGAAAAAGCAGAAAACAGUAAAUCAGUGUUGAAUAUGGACACGUCAGAUUCAAAGAAAAAAAUUAAAAAGGAAGAUAAUAAAGGCGCAAAAGCGACUGCUGAAUAUACUGCUAUGAAUGCAAGAUAUAACGAAUAUACUAAAAUAACGUACGAACAGUUAAUAAAUAUUGCUAAUAAUUGGAUUAUCGACGAAUGUGAAAUGGGAAUUCCACUGAUUGGGUUUAAUGGUCAAGUUCUCGGAGCAGCUCAAAAGAAAGCAAAGAAAAAGUCGGAGCUGCAACUCCAGUUCUCUGACGUAAGCUACUCGGAUCGCGGAUUUCCUCUGACAUUAAUUACAUGCCCAUGUCUCAAUUACAAAAUGGCUUUAGUAAAGAGCUUAGCUAAUUCUCUGGUUGUUAAAGAAGCCUUGGAGGAGGAAGAAGAGGAGGAUAUACUUUUAUCUCCUGAGAGGAGAAAAGAAUUUACAGUUCUUCUUCCCAGGACAUUUCCGCACAUUAACCAUGAGAAACCUUUGAAAUGGCGAUAUCUACACGAAUCACCGCUAAAAAAGUGCGAAUGUAAUCAACUUACCGAUUUGAAUUUGCUGGAUGAUUCAACGCAAGAAAACGUUGUUAAUAUAAUAUCUAAAUGGCAUUGUGUAUGUGGGAAAAAGAUGGCGUCUUCCCAGACGUCGACAAGCGAAGUUCCCGUGCCUUCGUUAGACAAAGUGUCAGAAGAAGGAGGUGAAGGCGAAGAUGACAUACUUUAUCCUCUGCCAUUACGUAGCGUCCAGUCAGUUUCAACCACUGGUGGCCGUUUGGUGUUGCACCCUGGAGAUCUAGUUCGAUGUAAAUAUACUUUCAGUCCUCAAAUCGAGGGCCAUUUUAGUGUGAAACGGUUUGUAGAAGUUAAUGGAUGGCCAAAUUCGAGGGUUGAUAUUAAUGUCUCCGGAAUUUGUGACUUGCCCAGGCUUGAUAGCCGACCAAAGAAAAUGUUUGAAAAUUUUGUUAGGAGAACGGUCGAAGAUAAUGUAUAUAAACUUACAUUUUUGGAUGACCUUAAAUUAUUCGAAUUUGGACCUAUAUUCAUCGGUUCCAAUAGAAUAUACGAAGAAGAAUAUAAGAUAGAUUUAAAAAAUUCAUCACUUAUACGGGCAGAAAUCUAUAUAGAAUUUUUGGACGACACGACUGUGUUUCAAAUUGACAAAAAUUUUAUACGACUUGAGCCUGGGUGUCGAGGAAAGUUGACACUAUCUGCGGCUCCAGCAGAAGUCGGGGUCCAUAAUGUUGUAUUACUAUUUUGUAUCAAAGAUAACCCAGAAAUAGUCGCUGUAAAUAUUGCGUGUAGCGGUGUGGUACCGAUCGUUGAGAUUUUGCCGAUUACAAAAUCAAUAGAAUACGGAAAACUGCUACUUUAUAGACGUGAGGACGAUAGGUUCAUAGUAAAGAAUGACUCUAUCCUGCCCAUUAUGUGGAAAAUAAGGAAUGCUGUGGAUUUUAUUAGUGAUUUUAUAAUAGCUAGCACAUCAGGCAUUGUGCCGAGACAUAACAACCACGUGGUUCCGGUUACCUACAUUGCCUGUAACGUUGGAAUCAUUUCUAAUAAAACUCUUACAAUUGACAUAUACGACGCGGAGGGACGCGGCAGCCCCAUGAUAACAGAGAACCUGUCAUUGUCUGCGGAGUGUUACGACGUGAUGGUGGAGUGCGCGUACGAGAACCCGACUGAGAUGUUCCUCAACUACGGCAACGUGAAGGUUAACUCCACCGUUAUCCGCGAAAUGUAUUUGCUCAACCGGGGAAAAUAUAAUAUUUAUUUUAAGUUAAAAAAAGUGAAGAACUUCCCAGAGCCGUCUCUGCUGAGGUCAUUUGAAGCGAUUCCUGAAAGCGGGAUGAUUCCCGCGUCUCUGAAACUGGUGUCUAUUGAUUUCGAGUGCACGCCGACCACGUCCAUGAAUCUGUCCAACGUGCCCGCUUACAUCUGCACCUUGCUCGACGGCAGUAAGAACCAAGUGGUGGUCGCCAAGUUCCCCAUCUGCGUUACUAUCGCCUCCUUUUAUAAUACGUUUACUCUGUUUCCUCUCGGAGAACUUAAUUUCCACAUUAUAGCAGUAGGCAGUGGGGUAAUAAGAGAUGUCAUCAUCAACAACACAAGCAAGUGUCCCGUGACUUACGACAUCGUGUUGCCAGAAAAAUAUCGCAUAGACCCUAUGGAGCAGCAGCCAGUAAAGUUGAAAGACAACAAACUCAAGGUGCCGCCUCUGAAAUGUGGUAAUUUCACCAUACUGAACGACGACAACCUCUUGGCACCAGGCACGAGUCGGACCCUUCAAAUUCAGUUCAGUGCAACAGCCGCCAGGAUGUACGAGGAGACUAUAAACUUUAUCAUCAGCGACACUUGUCCCGCCGAGGCACAGGGCGUUCCUCUAAGACUUGUAGGCACAGGGGCAAUGCCAACUUUAGAUUUUUGGAACUUGGAAACAACCUUUCGGGAACAUCUCAUUGUUAAAAAUUUAUCGGAAUAUAAAGUUCCUGAGUCUUCACCUCAUUGUGUGUUUGUGGAAGAUUCUGUGACUCUGCACUUUUUUUGCGUAACGGUUAACACGAGCUACACGGCAGCUAUAGACCUCUACAACAAUGGACUGGUGGCAUGUGCUCUCAGCAUGAAGUUACAUUAUCAGACUAACUCCAAUCAAGAAAUAUUUUAUCUUGAUAAAUAUGAAACACAUAUCGAACCUCUGCUCCAUAAAACAUUGGGCGUCAUAUUCAAUCCGAAGGAACUCCAGGAAUACCGUGCAGUUCUCGAUAUAAGAUUAAAAUUACUUGACAAUCAAGAACAAUCAUUCAAAAUAUGUCUUAUCGGCGAAGGUGUGAUACCCAGAAUACAAAUGGUUUCACCUCCUAAGAGGCAUAAUGUUCAUCUAUUAAAAUUCCCAGUAACGUGUUUGGGAUCAUUAAGUAAUAAUGUUAUACGUUUUAAAAAUGUCAGUUCUGCGAAGAGUACUGUUGUUGCAAAAGUGUAUCAACUACCAUAUGAUUCUAGGCCUAUUUUUUGGCUUAGCACCACGCCAGAUACAGAUCACAUGGUUAUUUCCAGUAAUAAUGCUGAGUACAGUACAAUCAUGAAAAUUCUAUUAAGCCCCAGGGAAAUAGCAACAUUGAAGGUAUUUUACAGCCCAAUCAGUAAAGGAAGGAGUAGUUGUGAUGUUAAACUCAAUAUAGUUAAUAACGCUUAUGAACACUUCGAGGUUUCGUGUGAAGGAGAAGCUUUUGUGGAAGAUGUCAUUAUUAUAGGGCUUGAAAUGCUCCCAAUGGACACUGAUUUAGACGCUUACAGAUCGUCUGUUGAUGGGACUAUGUCAACUGUAUCUACAGUCGAUAGUAGAAAAAAGAGUAAAAGUGCGCCUCUUGUCAAAAGAAAAUCAAAACAAGCAAUGGAAUCAAAGAGAAGCAGGCGCACUAUGGCGUCUAAUUCGAUGAGUUUGGAGAGCAAUGAUUUGAAAUAUAUACUAGAUUUCGGUGGAUGUGAAUUAUCUGUAAUGGAAAAGAGGAAUAUAAUAAUGAUAAACAAUUCAGACAAAGUUUAUAAAUUCGAAUGGCAAGAAGUCGAUCACAUUUGUGUUAAACCAUCGGUCGGAUAUAUUUUGCCGGGGGAAGAAAAGGACAUGGAAAUAAUGUUUAUCUCAACUCAACUUGUUUCUAUAAAAAGGAAUUUACUGCAUUGUGCACUGACGGCAGUUAGUUACGACGCUCUUACUUUUCAUUUCAAGACUACUAGCUGGGACAAUCGUCAAAUUGUUACUGUAUUUAACCAUGACAAGGAUAUGAGUUUGAAUGAAAGGCGCGUGUCAAUGAUAGAGGAACAGAACACGCUACAGCCUGAAGACAUGUUGGGAGUUCUUCGUAUUAUCAUCGUAUAUUCUGCUGUCACAGAAUUUUGCAAAUAUACAUGUUCUCUGCCCGAUGAAAAGUCUUUAAAAGACACAUUUGUUUAUCAGACUAGGCCCUUCACAUUCACUAUGAAAAAUAUAGGCAACGUACCAAUGAAAACAACUUGGAGCUUUGGCAUCGAUGACGAGUUUCCAACCAGAUUAGAUAAAUGUUCAAAGCAAAAGCGCAAGUUAAGUAAUCACGACGAAACUAUUGCUACGAACGAGAAAGGUGGUGAUGAAAGUAUGGGUACUGAACGUAACAGUCCCAACGAGGAAGGUGAAGAAAAGGAAGAAAAUGAAGAUGAUGAUGCUGAAGCAUCACCUGAAAUACCGACAGUAGAACAAAACGUCGAAAAAGUUGCCAGUAAAGUUACUUUAUUCAGCGGCAGCACAGGAAGAGACAGUGUAGACACUUGGUUCGAAAUAGAUUUGCCAUUUCAAAUAGAGCCAGAUAAAGUUUGUCUUAAGCCUAACCAAAGUCAGACUUUCACAGUAACUUUUGCACCACAAGAUGCCUUCUAUUACCAAGUUCGAUUGAAAAGUUUGAUCGAUAAUUUGGACCCGUAUGAUCAGAAUGUCUUUUGCAAAAUAACAGCAAAAUCAUUGAUACCAUAUUGUCAUCUUGAUAUGCCAGAAAGUGAUUAUCUCACAUCAGGGCGAAGGAAAAUAACCGGCGGCGUUGCGUUACCCAAACAUAUAAGUGUAUUAGAAUUCAAUGUUUUAGGAUCAGGAUGUUAUAAAAAAUCUUUCCAUGUCGUAAACCCCACAAGUGAAGCGUACGAAUUUAUAUUUGAAAUGGUGUUGCAAGACAAACCGGAGCUUAUUCCGGUCCACUGCGAUACAUUGAAGGGCUAUGUUGAGGGUGGUACUUCUACGGAAGUCACUUUCACUUUCUCUCCUACAGCACCUGGGGUUUACGAGUCGCAGUGGAAGUUUAUGAUACCCGUGUACACUUUAACAAUGCAUUUACUAGUGGUGGGAUUGGUGCGAGAGCCUGACGUCGUAUUCAUACCAACAAUCUUAGUUAUUCGAAAUUCAUUAGUGGGAUUCACAGUCACAAACGUUGUGAAAAUGAAGAAUAAUGAGGACGAGGGGCUCAAGUUCGAAUUCAAGGGGAACUCGCUGUGCAACGAGUCCGGGAAAACUCCGGUUGUUAUGGAACCUGAGCAUGGAAUACUGAAACCCCAUUCUGAAACACCCAUCAAAAUAAGCUAUACUCCUAUUGAGGAUGGACCGCUCUCGUUUAAGAUAUUUUGUAGCGUGUGCUAUAUGGUGAAAUAUUUAACUUUGUGUGUAAACGCGCUCAGUUACUCCAUUAAUCCUAAAAUAUCAUAUUAUCUUAUUGGGAAUGAGCAUGUUUUAAGAAGUGAUUUUAUCACGAAUAUUCAUUUGGAUCAGACAGCCUCAACUUAUCAAAGAACGAUUCCGUUCAAAAUUCACAACGACGGGUCUGCGACGUUCUUCUUUGACUGGAGCUACAACUGCAGCAGGGUGAAGAAGUACCUGACGGUGGAUAUAGACCCUCAGAGCGGCCACGUGGCGCCGGGCAACGAGACCGAGUGCACGCUGUACUUCACGCUUAUACAAGUGCCCGUCCAGGCCUUCCCAGUCACGCUCAAUAUUUCUGACGGCCCGGAAUAUACUAUAUAUCUGCAUGCAGAUAUUAAAAAGCCACUGUAUCAUUUCACGUGCAUGGAUAUCGACUUCGGCAAAUGUAUAGUCAACGCACCGGACGCUACCUACAAAAAAAACUUGGCAUUUGUUAACGAUGACACUGUUCCUGUGAUAUUCAGUAUGAAUUUUGCAACAAUACCCGAGCUAUUUGUUGAUUUCCAAGAAUUGCCAGACAUUCCGCCCGGCAGACGCAUUAAGAUUCCUGUUUACUUCAGACCGAAACAAGUUAAGGAAUACGAAUUUAAGUUGGAAUUCUGGGUUAACUCACUUUGUCAAGAAAUUAUUUCAGUUAAAGGAGAAGGUAUACCACUUUUGUUCGACCUCUACGAAGGUUGCCAAAAGAGCUUUAAUUUGGGACCAGUGAAAGUAGGCGAUAAAAUAAUCCGGCCUAUCGAGGUCAUGAAUCACAGCAAAGUGCCGAUCGAUGCAACUUUUAUAUUUAGAGACAUGUAUCCAGUAAUUGAAGACACAACUCAGUCUGAAGCAACCAGCGUAUGUCUGAGUCCUAGCGCAACCACCCAAGCCGAUGGAGGGCCUUCCAGAGUCAAAAUGCUACAAACCUACAAAGACGAUAAGAUACGUGAACAAAUUGCAAUGGAUAUUCAAAAUGCCUUAUCAUCACUAAAGGUCAUACCCAACAAGUGCAAAAUUUUGCCGUAUAGGAAGUUUCCAUUAAAGAUACAGUUCAAACCGAACGGCAUGAUCAGCGAUCUCAACGUGCAAUUGAAUAUGAAAGUAUUCGAGUUCGAGAGACCUCUAGUGCGAAUCAGCGGCAGUGCCACUGGCAUGAGCCUCUGCUUCAGCCAGAACUCGUUGCAGUUUGGCCGCGUGCGCAAGCGCGGCUGCAAGAUACUAAAAGUUAUGCUGAUGAACAAGGGGGACUUUGGCACAAGGUUUUGCUGGCAACCUUUGAUAUCAGACGAGUUCACAAUAUGUCCGAUGCAGGGAUCUAUAGCAGCUCAUACAAAUGUCACCUUCACAAUAUCAUUUAGGCCUCUUAAUCAUAAUCCCUUCAUCAAAGUUUGGGCCAGUUGCAAUCUAGACAACUAUAUGCCCUUAGAACUUGCCAUGUACGCCACUUGUGUGGAUUUAGGAAACUUUCAGAACAAGGUAUUAUAUUUAGAAUGCCCUGUGCGUGAAGUGAUCACCGAAUAUCUGACUGUAACAAAUAGUUCCGAUGACGUGUGGCUGGUACUAAGCGAGUUUUCUGAACCUGGUCCAUUUGAAACUCUAAGGGAAUUUAACAUUGAACCCAACUCUACAUUUGAAAUACCCGUUACUUUCAAGCCAAAAACUAUCGGCAAACACGAGUGUCAAGUAUUAUUCUCACCGCUGGGCGAGAGCGCUCUUUUCGUCAACCUGGUGGGUGUCUCGCAACACCCCAACCCCAAUGGCAAUAUCUCCGUCACUGUCCCGGCAAAGGAAUUCCACACAGAGGAGCUGGUGGUGUACAACAUUACUGAAUUCCCAGAAACCUACGUAGUAUCUACGGAAAUUAUGAAAUUGGUCCCCGAUAAAUUCGAAGGUCGCUUCGAGAUCGUUCAUCCGGAAACUAUCAAAGUAUGGGGCGAGGCAGCCGCAAUUUGUCGUUUGAAAUAUGUAUGUUACGAAGAAUGUGAAAUGCAACUAAAAGUGUUAUUUAUUAAUGAAGACACGCGCGAGUAUCAGUUCUACAAUCUCACGAUGUUGGUGACGGCUAGUCCACUCGUGGAUACUCUGACGUUCGUUGCGCGCGCGCGGGAAAUAUUCCGCAAAGAACUGACAGUGACCAACCCCCUAAGCGAAGAAAGUACAUUCUCUGUCAAAUGCGAAAGACUAAAUUGCCCCGAAUCUAUCAAGAUUGGGAGGAAUUCUGAGGCGGCGUUAGUACUGACUUAUAACCCCCUUGUGGUCGGAGAAAGUGAGGAUUAUUUAGAAAUAAACAACACCCUAGUCGGCACAUACAUGUACAAGGUGGUGUUAAAAUGCUUGCCGGCCAAAGAGAAGAAUUUGGAGUACCAGACGGAGUUAGGCAAUUGUAUCUCGCUGCGACUGCGCGUGCAGAACAAUACGGAUAUCAGAACCGACUUCAUUACUACAACUACACACCCGUGCAUUUUAGCGGAACCGUCGUAUUCGCUAUUACCAUUUGAGAAAGGGAAAUUUCUGGUGUGGUUUGAACCGACACAUUUGGGCGUGCAGAACUGUAGGCUGUCUUUUGAGUCUCCGGUCGCUGGAGAAUUUGUUUUUAACAUUAAAGGCAAAGCAGUUGAACCGAAACCUCAAGGUCCUUUUGAAAUCAGAGCUGGAGGAUUCGCUUUAGUACGCUUCAAAAACGUAUUUGAUGAUGUAAGGAUGUUCAAGAUAUACGUGGACAGAGAUGAGUUCUAUGUGAAGACGGUAUACGAGACAAUAAAGUCGAAAAAGGAUAUAAAAAUUCCAGUUUACCUGAACGAGACGCCGUCACAAGGUUGGAGCAAGGACCCUACGGGCUGUCUCAUCGUCGAGUGCUACGAUCCUCCAGAACCGAAAGUCAAUUGGACUUAUUUCCUGCAAGGAAAAUCUUGA